AUGGAAUACAAAUUUAAGGUAAAAAGAGUUCGAAAACAAGUGUUGCACUUGCACCUGCAACUUGGGGCGGAGAAGGGAUACGGUGGGCCCAACAGUAGCCAUACGGUCGCACAGUAUCGCCAGCCACCCAAUUUGCUGACCUCUCAAAGUGUACUCAUUAUAGUCUCCACAUUCCGUGGGCAAUUUUGCUGCUCUUCCCUUGCAUCCAUGAUCCAACGAAUCUCGGCAGCCAAAUCAAUGGCAUCCCGCCAAUGCAAAACACUGCCCCAUAUCAGCUCGCUCGUCCCUAUUCCGAUCAUCGACGCGCGCGUCUUAUCUUUCUUGUUUGUAGUCCCGCUUGUAUUGGCCUCCAUAAACGGGUUUUCCGAUAAAGACUUCUUGCAUCCAGAAAUAUUGAAGGAUGAGGCAGUGGCAAGACUUGCAGAACUCGGGAAGGUGAGUGAUUCGGCAGAUUUUCUUAUGAGAACUUUCCAGUCACCUGCUUCUGUGAGAGCUGGUAACCUUAUCCGGGGAUGGAUGGAAGAUGCAGGUUUACAAACGUGGGUGGACCAAAUGGGAAAUGUGCAUGGACGGCAUGAAGGACUAAAUCCAAACGAAAAAGCUCUGUUAAUUGGCUCUCACUUGGAUACUGUUAUUGAUGCUGGAAUGUUUGAUGGAGCUCUCGGGAUUAUUAGUGCACUGUCUGCUUUGAAAGUGUUGAAGAUGAAAGGAAUGCUUGGGAAGCUUAGUCGACCAGUGGAGGUUAUUGCUUUUAGUGAUGAGGAGGGAGUUAGAUUUCAGUCGACCUUCUUAGGAAGUGCAGCAAUUGCUGGUGUAUUGCCUGUUUCAACAUUGCAUGUUCACGAUAAGAGUGGUGUCACAGUGCAAGGCGCUUUAAGAAAGAACUCUAUUGAAAUUACAGAGGAGAAUCUUUUGCAGCUCAAAUAUAAUUCCAAAUCUGUCUGGGGUUACAUUGAGCUUCAUAUUGAACAAGGGCCUGUGCUUGAAACAGCGGGCCUUCCUCUUGGUCUGGUAAAAGGCAUUGCAGGGCAGACCCGGCUGAAGGUGACGGUGAAAGGUUCACAAGGGCAUGCGGGCACGGUCCCCAUGAAAAUGCGCCAGGAUCCUAUGGCUGCAUCUGCUGAACUGAUAGUACUGCUCGAAAGUAUGUGUAAAAAACCCGAGGACUAUAUAUUUUAUGAUGCUCACUGCACAGCAGCUGAAGUACAAUCUCUCGCUGGAUCUCUCGUUUGUACUGUUGGCGAAAUAUCGACUUGGCCAAGUGCAAGUAACGUUAUUCCUGGGCAAGUGACCUUCACUGUGGACAUACGCGCUAUGGAUGAUCUAGGACGAGAAGCAAUCAUCUAUGAAUUAUCUAAUAGAAUGCACCAAAUAUGUGAUAAGCGUACGGUUCUGUGCCUUGUUGAACGCAAGCAUGAUGCUAAUGCGGUGGCUUGUGAUCCUGAGUUGAGCUUGAAGCUAAAGUCCUCAGCUUAUGAUGCUCUUAAACGGUUAAGUGGCGAAGAUUCAGACAACGUGCCUAUACUUAUGAGUGGAGCUGGUCAUGAUGCAAUGGCCAUGUCUCAUUUAACUAAGAUUGCAAUGUUAUUUGUGCGUUGCCGAGGUGGUGUUAGUCAUUCUCCGGCCGAGCAUGUAGCAGAAGAUGAUGUCUGGGCUGCUGGCAUGGCUGUCCUAUCGUUUUUGGAGACUCUUCUGUGA